AUGAAAACCUCCGGCAUAGGCUUUUUCCAACAUGGGUUCGUUGUUUUUAUUUCCGUUGUCGUCCUCUUGCUAUAUUCAGAAAUUGCCAUGGUUGAAGCUCAGUCGACUCCGCCUGGUGACAACAACAACGGGUACCCAUAUGCAAAGUUCAGUCCAUCCAUGGCGAUUAUCAUAGUAGUCCUCAUAGCAGCACUUUUCUUCAUGGGUUUUUUUUCUAUCUACAUCCGCCACUGCUCCGACACUUCCGGUGCGGCCGGAAGCGUCCGUCGAGCACUUUCUAUGCGAUCCCGUCGUGCAGCAGCCGCGCGUGGACUCGACGCUUCCAUCUUAGAAACUUUUCCCACUUUCUCAUACUCAGAAGUGAAGGAUCACAAGAUUGGAAAAGGAGCUUUGGAGUGUGCUGUGUGUUUGAAUGAAUUUGAAGAUGAUGAGACUAUUCGUUUGAUACCAAAGUGUGAUCAUGUCUUCCAUUCUCAGUGCAUCGAUGCCUGGCUCGAGUCUCACGUCACUUGCCCUGUUUGUAGAGCUAAUUUGGUUCCUGUGUCGACCGAUGGGCAGACACAGGAGCCGGAGUCGAUUAACGCUAAUGAAGAGAGCAAUGAAAACGUGGAAAGAAUCAACAGUUCAAGAAAUGAGGAACAAGUUGUUAUCCAAGUUGAAAGCAGCAAUGAAAAUCAGCCACAAGGGCAAGAGGGUGCUGCUAGACCGGGAAUGAUGAACCGGAACUCGAGUUUACAAUACCCCAACCGGCCACCAAGGUCGUGGUCCAUACGAAGGCCGAAAAUGUUUGGACUAGUUAAGUUUAGAUCACACUCUACUGGUCACUCCCUGUCUUUGGUUCUACCGGGAGAAAAUCUUGACCGCUUCACUUUGAAAUUACCGGAACAAGUUAGGAAAGAGGUUAUGAGCCGGGCUAUGUUAAAUAGGACUAAAAGUUGUGCCACAACAUUACCUCGAGAAGGAAGUUCAAGAAGGGGUGGGAGGUUUUAUCAGAGGAUCGAAAGGCCAGAACUAGGAGAAAAAUCAGACAGGUGGAAGUUUACUAGGGCGUCGUCUUUUUUCUCGAGAGCAUUGUCAAUGAGAACACCAAGAGUGGAGGCAGAAAAUGGAGAAGGAUCCACCUCUAUGAGUGGCAGAACGCCAGUAAAAAUGCCGUCCUUCAAGUGUUUGGAGUCCAAGGCUGCUGAUGAAACUCAUCUAGUUUCGGCUGACUCGGUUCGCCCUCCGGUUUAA